CACGGAUACCAAUGAUGGGGCAUUAUUCCUCUCACUGACACCAACGAUGGGGCACCUUUCCUCCCCCCCACUGACACCAACGAUGGGGCACUAUUCCUCCCCCCCCCCACUGACACCAACGAUUGGGCACUAUUCCUCCCCCCCCACUGACACCAAUGAUGGGGCACUAUUCCACCCCCCACUGACACCAAUGAUGGGGCACUAUUCCACCCCCCACUGACACCAACUAAUGAUGGGGCACGAUUCUUCCCACUGGUGUGCACUGGAAGAGGGGUAG